AUGUCCUCGUCCGUCAGAGAUCUUCACAACUUGGGCCCGGGCGCCGUUUCGUCUGGCAGGAUCAGCCCCCGCUCCAAAGCUGGCCCCGAACAUUGUGCAAGGCGCACUCAUAUGGCUCCGCAUCACCAUCGGACCAAGGUCUAUUUUCCUGCAGAACCUCGCCCGAACGAGGAGUUCGGCCUUUCUGCCUUACUCCCCAAGUUCCAACGUUCCAAAAACACCUAUCAGAGGGAAAAUAGCCCGAGAUCAUCGCGAACGCCCGUGCUUCCUGCUUCCAUCAUGAUGCCCAUCGACCUAUCACCCAGUCCAGCUCCCGUCGAAACACGAAGUCAGAAGAGUAGUGGUCCUUCGUCGUCGCCGACGCGGACGACGGGGAUGAAUAUACCCGUACCUUCGUAUCAUGUGCGUCUGGCGCUCUGCCCUUCAACUCGAACUCCUGACUAUCUUCGCGGCUCACAAUGGAGCCAGCGCCGGCAGCUGCUGCACCAGGCGAUCAUCACGUACUGA